AUGGGUCGCAGCGGCGGCGCGGCUAACUCCGCUUACCGCGACCUCUCGCGCCGGCGAGAAGCGACAAGGACAGGACCACCGGCGCCCUGCUUCCGUCGACCAGGCCGCCUAGGACCCCACCGCAAGGUGCAGGUGGUUCUUAAAUCCUUCUUUCUAGUAUACUACCAAAGUAGGAAGUUGCUAGGAAGAUGGGCCUUCCUCUUUGUAUAUACAUACAAAUAUAAACCACUGCACCUCGCUGUGUACAUGUACUUGGCUGUGCCCACUACCCAGUUUAGGUCAGACCUAAACAACAUUGCAUCGAUGCACAAGCCACACACAGUGAACCCCCAAUUGCUCAAAGCUGUCUCCACUGGAGAUGCAGACCUAUUAGCACAAAUCCUACACACGACAACAAUAGCUGAAGAGAGCCGCUGCGCAUGCCUAGAAGGCGUCACGGCAGAGGGAAGCUCUGCGCUCCAUAUCGCAGCCCGCCAUGGGUACCUGAAGCCCGUCGAGAUGAUCUGUGAUCAGGACUUGUCUCUCAUCAAGGCAAGGAACAAUCUGCUCGACACGCCUCUAAUCUGCGCGGCAAGGGCUGGCCAUGUGGAUGUGGUCAAUCACCUCAUCGAGCAUGCUUCCACCCAGAAAGAGACUGAGUAUGUACUGAGGGCAUGGAAUUCCAGUGGGGCGACGGCAGUCCAUGAGGCUGUUAGGAAUGGCCAUGCAUCCGUCUUGGGGAAGCUCGUGUCGAGGGACGCAAGGCUUGCCGUGGCGGAUGAUGGGCAAGGUGUCUCCCCGCUCUACAUGGCGGUUGUGUCCAACCGGGCUGACAUGGUUGACAUCUUGAUACAUGAAUCUUGUGGAGGUAGUGUGAAAUCGCCGGCGAGCUAUGCUGGACCAGAUGGAGUAACUGCACUGCAUGCUGCGGUUUUUGCUAGCAACGCUCAAGAAAUGUGCGAGUCCCUACAACGCUGGGAGCCAACACUCGUGCAAAAGGCUGACAGCUCUGGAAGAACUGCCCUGCACUAUGCAGCGUCAGCUGGGAAGACCGGAGUAGUCAAAGUUUUACUGGUCAACAGCUUGCUUUGUUACAUUCUGGAUGAUGAUGGUCUGUAUCCUGUUCACUAUGCUGCUAUAGCCGGCAACUCUGAAGUUAUCCACGAGAUCAUGGAGAUAUGCCCGAGCUGCAAUGAGUUGGUUGACAAGAAACAUAGAAAUAUUUUGCAUUGCGCCGUCGAAUUGGGGAGGACUAAGGUGGUGUGGUACAUCUGCAGGAACCCUAAGUUCACGAGUAUAAUGAAUGUGGGCGACAGUGAAGGAAACACACCACUACAUCUGGCUUUAAAGCAUGGGCAUUUAUUUAUCUUUUUCCUUCUUACGAAGAAUCUUACGGUGAACCUUGGUAUUAUUAACCAUAAGGGAUUGACACCGCUAGGUGUUGCCCGUUCAUGA